UCUCCCCGCACAGUGGAGGGAACCUCUUCUGAGAGGAAAGGAGGAGAAUAAUAGAGCUUCACUGGGUUUUUUUUCGGCACAUUGAGUCGGAGAUGCAGAGCUGCGCCAAGUCCUGGAGGGUCUUUGUGGCCAAGUCGGUGAAUCCGAGCGCACCGUGCAGGCAUCUGAGCGACAGGAGCCGCGUGGUUUGGAAACUUCAGAGCAGGAUCCGGCUCCAGCGCAGCUCAGCGUCCCUAACAACAGCAGCAGCGGCAGCGGCAGCAGGAGCCCGGUGUCUGAGGACGUCUGCAGCCGCCUCCUCCAGGCAGAUCGAGCGGAUUUUACCCCGGCACGAUGACUUUGCAGAGAGGCACAUCGGUCCAGGUGAGAGGGAGAAGAGAGAAAUGCUGGAUGCUUUGGGACUCGAGUCAGUCGCCCAGUUGAUCGAAAACACAGUUCCAUCCUCCAUCCGUGUUCAGCGCAGUUUGAAGAUGGAUGAUCCAAUCUGUGAAAAUGAGGUUCUGGAGGCUUUGCAGAAGAUUGCGUCAAAGAACAAAGUUUGGAGGUCCUACAUCGGUAUGGGUUACUACAACUGCUCGGUGCCGCCACCCAUCCAGCGUAAUCUUCUGGAGAAUGCUGGCUGGGUGACUCAGUACACGCCUUACCAGCCGGAGGUCUCUCAGGGUCGCCUGGAGUCCCUUCUCAAUUAUCAGACGAUGAUUUGUGACAUCACAGGCAUGCCUGUCGCCAAUGCUUCCCUGCUGGAUGAGGGGACGGCAGCUGCAGAGGCCAUGCAGCUCUGCAACAGACAGAACAAAAGAAGAACGUUCUACAUUGACCCACGCUGCCAUCCUCAGACCAUUGCAGUGGUGCAGACCAGAGCCAACUAUAUUGGAGUGAAAACUGUUCUGAAGCUGCCUCAUGAGAUGGACUUUAGUGGGAAGGAUGUAAGUGGUGUGCUCUUCCAGUAUCCAGACACUGACGGCAGAGUGGAGGACUUCACUGCCCUCGUAGACAGAGCUCACAAGGGAGGGGCCAUGGCUUGCUGUGCCACUGACCUGCUUGCCCUCUGCGUUCUCCGCCCCCCUGGAGAGUUCGGAGUGGACAUUGCAUUGGGUAGCUCCCAGAGGUUUGGGGUCCCACUCUGCUACGGCGGCCCACACGCCGCCUUCUUCGCCGUUAAAGACAACCUGGUCCGGAUGAUGCCUGGCAGAAUGGUUGGAGUCACCAGGGAUGCAGCAGGGAAGGAAGUGUAUCGUCUUGCAUUGCAGACCAGAGAGCAACACAUCCGCAGAGACAAGGCGACUAGCAACAUUUGCACUGCUCAAGCUCUGCUUGCAAACAUGGCAGCCAUGUAUGCCCUCUAUCAUGGCUCUCAAGGACUUAAACACAUUGCUGAGAGGACACACAAUGCUGCUCUGAUCCUUGCUGAAGGAUUAACCACAUGUGAAGUGAGUGAGACGACAUCUAGUUUUACUACAUCUACAGCGGAUACAAGGAAAAGUCUGAAGAGAGCGGGCCAUCGGCUGCACAGCGACAUGUUUUUUGAUACCCUGAAGGUAAACUGUAGCGUGGCUGCCAAAGACAUCCUGGAGAGAGCCAUGCAGAGGCAGAUAAAUCUGCGCGUCUACUCCGAAGGAGUGCUGGGUGUCUCUUUGGAUGAAACGGUGACUGAAAGGGACUUGGAUGACUUGCUCUGGGUCUUUGGUUGUGAAUCUUCAGCUGAAUUGAUUGCUGAAAAGAUGGGCGAGAGAGUGAAGGGAAUCAUGGGAAGUCCUUUUAAAAGGACAAGCAAGUUCCUCACUCACCAAGUCUUCAACAGUUAUCACUCUGAGACAAACAUAGUUCGAUACAUGAAGAGGCUGGAAAACAAAGACAUUUCCUUGGUGCACAGCAUGAUACCACUUGGCUCCUGCACUAUGAAGCUCAACAGUUCGUCUGAACUCAUGCCAAUCACCUGGAGGGAGUUUGCCAACAUCCACCCCUUCGUGCCUCUGGACCAGGCUGAGGGCUACCAGAAACUUUUCCGGCAGCUGGAGAAGGAUCUCUGUGAGCUGACGGGUUACGAUAAGAUCUCCUUCCAGCCGAACAGCGGCGCUCAGGGGGAGUACGCCGGCCUGGCCGCCAUAAAGGCUUACCUGAACUCAAAGGGAGAAGACUCCAGGAGUGUCUGCCUCAUUCCAAAGUCCGCUCAUGGCACCAACCCAGCGAGCGCUCAGAUGGCCGGCAUGAAGGUUCAGGUGGUCGAGGUCGAUAAAGACGGCAACAUCGACCUGGCGCACCUCAAGGCCCUGGUGGACAAACACAAGGCCAGCCUGGCGGCCAUGAUGAUCACAUAUCCGUCCACAUUUGGAGUGUUUGAGGAAAAUAUCAGAGACGUUUGUGAUCUCAUCCAUGAAAAUGGCGGACAGGUGUAUCUGGACGGCGCCAACAUGAACGCUCAGGUGGGUUUGUGUCGCCCCGGAGAUUACGGCUCUGACGUUUCUCACCUGAACCUGCAUAAAACCUUCUGCAUCCCUCAUGGCGGCGGAGGACCGGGCAUGGGGCCCAUCGGAGUGAAGGCACACCUCGCCCCCUUCCUCCCCAGCCACCCGGUGGUCGCCAUGCAGUCGGUCAACAGCAGCAGCUCUCUGGGGACCAUCAGCGCCGCGCCGUGGGGCUCCAGCGCCAUUCUUCCAAUCUCAUGGGCUUACAUCAAGAUGAUGGGGUCAAAGGGUUUGACUCACGCUACAGAAGUUGCCAUCCUCAAUGCCAACUACAUGGCUAAGAGGGUGGAAGGUCACUAUAAAAUCCUCUUUAGAGGCAGGAAAGGUUUUGUCGCUCACGAGUUUAUUCUGGAUGUGAGGCCGUUCAAGAAGACCGCAAAUAUCGAGGCUGUCGAUUUGGCCAAGAGGCUGCAGGACUACGGUUUUCAUGCACCGACCAUGUCAUGGCCGGUCGCUGGGACACUCAUGAUCGAACCCACUGAGUCGGAGGACAAGGCUGAGAUGGACCGGUUCUGUGACGCGCUGCUCGCCAUCCGACAGGAGAUCGCAGACAUCGAAGAGGGAAGGAUGGACUCUCGUAUCAACCCACUCAAGAUGGCUCCUCACUCUCUGGCAUGCAUCUCCUCAUCAAACUGGGACCGACCGUACUCCAGGGAGUACGCCGCCUUCCCACUGCCCUUCAUAAGACCCGAGACCAAAUUCUGGCCAACCAUUUCCAGGAUUGACGACAUCUACGGCGAUCAGAACCUUGUGUGCACCUGCCCACCGAUGGAGGUCUACGAGUCUCCGUACGAGGAGAAGCGUGCCUCUUCGUAGACGCAGUCCACAGCGCCGUCUCCACGUCCAGCCGUAGAGGACGAUACUAAAAACUCAAGACUUCCAGCUACCGUGAACUGAUGAUGUGACACCUAAUGAUUGAAAGACCGGAUGUGUUGCUGUUUUAAGGAAGUGUUGCGUUUUAGCAGAUUGGGGUUAAUUCCUUCUAACCAAACAUGAACCGGUUCAGAUCUAGAACGGAUCAGAGAUCUGUUGUAGACUUAAAGGUGGACGUUGGGCUAAGGUGCUGUAGGUCUACACCAGCGUUGGGUCAGGCUCGUUCCAACUUGGACUUUUCAAACGGACCAAAGGGUGCAGCGUUUUGCUUUCUAAUCUCUGAAAACAGCUACGCUCACCCCAGAAAAUACCCCGUCUCAUGACAAACCUUUGAUAUCUUUUGAUCUCCAACAUUUACAAAAAUGCUCCUCCUUUGCCUGUUUGUUUUUUUUUUCUAUGAAAUGGAAAUUUUCCCUUCAGAUUCCUAAGAGCUUUUGGAGAUUUUGUAGGUUUUUGUUAAUAUGCAUCUGUGUUUGUGAGCUGUUCUUAAAUGUGUUGUGACGACGUCAACCUUGUAGAAGAAUCAUUUUCUAAUCUAAAUAGUUUUCUAUGUUGUAUUAAACAUUUUUGUCGUAAAGUG